UGCUAUGAUAUGAUACAUACGAUCUUAACGGUCUCCAUCUCCAUGCCUUUUAAUGUCAACUUAGCGUAAGUCACGUGUGAUAAAAGUGUUGGUGUUACAAAUACGUGGAUCUAAUAAAAUCCUUGGAUAAUAUGUCUUAUACCUCCUGCAUUUGUCCUAGCAAUCAGACCUGCCGUACGGGGUUAUCGUCAACCCAACGUGGAGCUAGACGAAAGUGUAAGGACGCGAAAAGGCUAAGAAGAGAGUAGAAAGAGAGACAGAGAAAGUUCUAUCUAUUAACCAAAGAUCAGCUUGCGAUAUUCCUUUGCAAACCGUCUGGCGUAUCAAGGUCGUCAACACAUUUGAAUUGGUUGUGCAUUUUUACAUACUACAAGUCUAUUUUGGUGCAACUGACAUUGUGCAGCAACAUCUGGCAACCUACUAUUUCCAAGGUCAGCAAAAUGUCAGCGAAAAACGAAACAACCACUGGCAGCGGCAACAAUAAUGCUUGCAUCGUGUGUUAUAAAAACACUAAAUACUACAGCAUUGGCAUGUGUGAGCAUCCAGUCUGCUAUGAGUGCAGUACGCGUAUGAGAGUGCUCUGUCAGCAGAAUGAGUGUCCUAUCUGUAGACAAGACCUGCCCAAGGUUGUAUUCACUAAAGAAAUCAAGCCAUUUCGCUUUCUGAAAAAGGGUAGCCUUGUGGACACUAGAUACAAUAUCUAUUUUGAGAGUCUAGAUAUACAAACAAAAUUUGUCGAGCUACUUGCUCACAGGUGCACUAUCUGUGAAAACAAUCAGGUAUUCAGCUCGUUCAAUAGCCUUAAGGAGCACAUGAGAAGGAAACACGACUUGCAUUAUUGCGAUCUCUGUGUAGAAAACCUUAAGAUUUUUUCUAAUGAGCGACGCUGCUAUACAAAACAAGAGUUGUCACAUCACCGUCGCAAAGGCGACACAGACGACAAGAGUCAUAAAGGCCACCCAUUAUGCGAAUUUUGUGACAAGCGUUACAUGGACAACGACGAGCUCUAUCGUCACUUGCGCCGAGAUCACUUAUUCUGUCAUUUCUGUGAUGCCGACGGACUUCAUCAUUACUACAAUUCUUAUGAUUACCUCAGGGACCAUUUUAGACAGGAGCACUUCCUGUGCGAGGAAGGGAACUGCGCGGACGAACAGUUUACCAGCGUUUUCAGAACUGACAUUGACUUGAAAGCUCAUAAAUCAAGUGUACAUGGUAAGCAGCUUGGCAAAGCUGCUGCCAAGCAAGCUAGAACAUUGGAGCUGGAGUUUACAUUGGCACCUAGGGGUGAUCUUAGAAAUAGGAGGCCAGGCCCAAUGCGACCACACGACGGCAAUGCCAAUUUCUCGCGUAAUUAUCAAGAGCCACCAUCAAUACCAGAAGAACCACCAACAUUCGUACGACAACAAUUGGUUGACGUGCAGAGUACCCAAGAAUUUCCAACGCUCGGUAAUGCGACACCGUUUUGUCCCAUAACAACGCCAAAACCGCGAAAUGUUACGAUACGUAGUACCUUGAGACAAGGCAAUUACGACGAGAAUUUCCCAGCACUUGGGCUGGAAGCUUCGGGAUUCAGUAGUGGCCCGAGUACGCAAACCACCAAGACAUUGAAUUUGAACGUAACUUCGAAUUCAAGUCAGCCUACUAUGACGAGUAUUAGGAGACCGGCUGGUACAACUAACUCUAAAACACUGUCUGUACACGUUAAUCACAAACCAAAUGGAACAUUAACAACGAGGGUAGCCGGCCCGAACCUGCAAAUAACUCCCGGAUCUUUGCGAGAUUUCGAUUUCCCAACAUUAGGUCGAGUUGAUCCGCCAGCACAGUCUUCAUGGACGAAGGUAACGGUGAAGCCGUCGGUGACACCGCGCAGAGAAAAAGUUGCACCACCACCAUUAGCGCCGUCACCGCCACCUGUUCAAUCGGACAAGGCAUUCCCAAGUCUCUCCAAAACGAAGGCUCCUGUGACUUCCACGUCGUGGGUUCAGAUUUCAUCAACGUCAACAAAUACAAAUAAUAGUACGUCGUCAACGAUAGACGCAACGAAAGGAAAAACUAAGAAGAAAAAAAAGCAACAGCAGACAAGUAUAAGCAACGGUUCUGCCUCGAGUACAGAAUCGAGUUCAUCUACCCAAGCCAGCAAAGAUACAACGAACAAUGAUAAAACUAAUACAAAAAGUAACAAAGAGUCGGAACCUAGCAAAAAGGAUCGCAGUAAAACUAAGCAAAACUCGGAUAAAAGCAAGAAAGAAGAGACAAGCUCGGAGUCGGUUACAGUUGCGUCAACGCCACGAAAACGUACUGAGAUCAAAAUCGAGAAUCUCAAUAAUACUAUUAAUGAUAACAAUAAUAUAAGUGUCGAAACGAAAACUGCCACUACUCCGAAGCCAGAAGAAUUUCCAGUUCUUGGUCGACGUCCACCGCCAGGUUUAACAAAUCCACCGCCGGGAUUUGGACCUUCUCCCACGGUUAAUGUUUCGAACCCACCACCUGGCUUCUUCAAGCGAGUGAAUGGCUUAACAUUUACUAACAGCUCGGGCGAGAGCUAUGCAAUUUUAUCCGAUUCCGAGCAUCACUACGAGUACCUGCCGCCGGCAGAUUUCCAACGGCGGAAUCAGAAACUCAUCGCCGAGUUCAACAAUUGUUUUGGCAGUGAGGAAAGCGAGGAGCUGAAAGCUUUCCGGUAUCUCAGUGGUCUGUUUAGGACGGGGAUUUGCGACGCCGACGAGUAUUACCAACAAUGCAGAACGUUGAUGGGUGUACAAGCUUUUAAUCGAGUAUUCCCGGAGUUGUUAGCUUUAUUACCGGAUAUCGACAAGCAGCGCAAAUUGUUUGAUGUACACAAGAGCGAGUUGUCUGGCCGGAUAAGAAAUCUAGACAGUUGCGCAACUUGCGGUCAAGUCUUACGCAGUUCCGACAUACCAUCACACGCAGCUAGUCACAGUUUGGAAAAUCAUUUCCCCGUACUGGGAAAGACUUCAUCCAUUGGUAGCGGCUGGCACCGCAAAUAGUCCUGUAAAUACUUGAAGCUCUAUAUCGAGCUUGUAAGCGAAUCAGAGAUUACCAUUAUUUUUUUAUGAGCGUAAAUUACAUCAUAUUUUCCAUACACAUUGCCCGGACGUGUAUUUCUAAAUUGAAAAAAUAAGUUUUUUUCUUUGUGUACUUGCUUUUUUUUUCGUUGUUUGACAGGAUUACGCUAUCGAAUAAUGAAAAAUGAGUCAAUUAUCCGUCAUUGGUAAAGACUUCUAUUACAACUAUUUUUAUCAAACGCAGAUGUCAAUUAUAAUUCGUUCGGGUAUGGAAGAUGUGUUUUUUAGGUUUUCAAUGAAAGCUUUGUACAUAUAAGAUGACACUUUUUAAGAGUGAAGCAAUUGGUUUGCUCUGAAAUAUAAAUUAUAUGUAUAUACAAAACCAUGGUUCGUAUAGAUUUUAUAGGCAAAUGCAACCUUAUGUGAAAAUGAAGCGUUUACAAACACAUCAGACUGCAGUCAUUUUUAUCAAUUUGGGAGCAAAAAAAACAAUGAAGCACCAACUUCAAGAAAAGUAAAUUUGAGUUUUAUAACAAUUAUAACUAAAUUACCAUUGUGUAUAAGCAGUACUAGAAAUUCCUUUGAUAUGUACGUAUGUUUCUCAUUUUAUAUAGUAAAAAAGUGAGGCAAAUACAAAAAACAUUUCAUUAAAAUUAAAGCCUAAAGUUGUUUUGUUUGGAACAUAAUAUAUAAAUAAUUUUGUCCAACUGUUUUCAGAAAUAAGAAAUUAUAAGUGAACAGAGAAGUGUACCUUAUUAACGCAUUAAAAUA